AUGUCCAACUGGAGUGCAGCCCUCGAACUCGGUGAGCUUGACGUUGAUUCGGCUUUUCGGGACGCCGUGUUUUCCCAACUCCGCGAGAGCUUUGACCGGAUGAACUCCACAACCUCGACCGCAACUCCCUCCCAACAUGCUUUCGAGAAGCGGGCUGCUGACAUCAAGGCGCCCAAGAGCGAUGUCAAUGUCUUGAUCCUGGACUACUUGACGAUGGAAGGGUAUCCGAAAGCUGCCGCCAAGUUCUGCAGGGAGGCGAACCUGCAACCUCAGCAGCCGGACCCGUCCAUCCAAAAUCGCCAGGACAUUCAGCAUGCCAUCCACAGCGGCGACAUCGCCAGGGCCAUCUCGGCUCUGAACGAGGUCGAUCCAGAGCUCCUGGACAGCGACCCCAAGCUGCACUUCUCGCUCCUGCGGCUGCAGUUGGUUGAGCUUAUUCGACAGUCUAAUGGAGGGGACCCCACAGCGGCCAUAACUUUCGCGACUGAGAACCUCGGUCCGCGUGCGGCAGCAAAUCGAGAAUUCUUGAAUGAUCUCGAGCAGACCAUGUCGUUGAUUAUCUUCCCCCUUGACAAGCUGAAGCCAGAACUGGCGAGGCUGCUCAGCCCAGACCUGCGUCGGAACACGGCUACCGAGGUCAACGAGGCGAUGCUGGUGCGUCAGAACCAGCGGAGAGAGGCUGCCAUUCGACAGUUGGUGCGCAUGCGUGCGUGGGCCGAGACAUCGGCGCGGUCUAAGAAGAAGGACCUACCUGAGUCGAUUGAGCUUGGCCUCAAUGCGGACAACUCGGAGCCCAACGAGAGCGGCCUUGAGCCAAUGAUCACUACAUGA